AUGACCCUCCGAAAAACCAGCCAUCUCCUCCGCAACUUCAUCGACGACAAUAGAAUCCGAACACCCACAACCUCAACCAUCAUUCAACUCACUUUCAAUCAAAAUUCAAUCCAAAUGAUGCUGAAAAUCGGUGAAAACCAGAAACCAGUCUUCCUCACCUAUUCCAACCACGAAAAUGGGUGUGAACUUUCCUAUCGGAAUUCGAAAAAAAUUCUGGAAAUGUCUGAUUAUUUGAAAAUUUUCGAGACGGAUUUCCAGCUUGUUCUGAGUCAUCAAAACAGUAAAAAUUCAAGACUGGAAUUUCUCAUCUCUCGGAGAAUAUUUAGUCUUAACGAGAAUAUUCUGGAAAUGUUGAGGCGUACUGUACCUAUGAAAGUGCAAGAUCUCACUUUGCAUGUGUCAGCCGAGAUCCAGGUUUCUGAUUUUCUGAAUCUUAUCGAAUCAAGUCAUCUGACCUCCUUGACUGUAGUUGGUACUAACAUAGAUGAGUCUCAACUAGAAAACUUGAACAGUCUCAAAAAACUUCAAAUUGGCAACUCUAUCACUGACAUCCCUUUGGCAAGACUGACAAAUUUGGAGGAAGUGAUAAUAAAGUAUCGAUUUGUGAAGUUCGAAGAUGUACUAUUUUUGAAAGAGCUUUUCUGCACUGGACCACUCGACGAUAAAAACUCCUUUUCGAUUAAUCUGACUGGAGGAUCUCCAAAUCGCAAGGAACUCACCGCUACGCUGAGCCCACUGACUGAUGAAGUGGAUCACUGGUACUACCGAGCCGCUAUAAAUUCUGAAAAGCUGCUUUUCAUUGGGCUGGGAGCAAGAUGGCUGAGAUUUUCGUAA